AUGAAUUCGAAUACAGCACAACCAGGGACGAAAAUUCCUGUGACAAUUAUCACUGGAUAUCUCGGGGCAGGAAAGUCUACAUUGCUGAACUACAUUCUCACAGAGCAGCACGACAAGCGCAUAGCUGUUAUUCUGAAUGAGUUUGGCGCCAGUGAGUCGAUGGAGCAAAGUAUGCAGGUCGGCAAGGAUGGGGAGCUCUACGAAGAAUGGCUCGAGCUUCGCAACGGCUGUCUGUGUUGCUCGGUGAAAGACAAUGGUGUUAAAGCCAUUGAAAACCUGAUGCUCAAAAAGGGAAAGUUUGACUACAUUUUGUUAGAGACCACCGGAUUGGCGGAUCCCGGCCCCAUCGCUAGCAUGUUUUGGUUGGAUUCUGAGCUUGGUGCUGAACUUUUCCUAGAUGGUGUGGUGACUGUCAUAGAUAGUAAACAUUGCUUGAAGUACCUGCAAGGAGAAGUGGCCAAAGGAGAGGUAAAAUCAAAAGCUGCGAAUGAAGGAAAUACCACCGAAUGUGAAAGGCAAAUCGCGCUUGCCGAUAGGAUCAUAAUGAAUAAGUGUGAUCUAAUUGGUGAUGAUGAGGUUGCAUCCCUAGAGAAGACAAUCAAGUCAAUCAAUGCAACAGCUACCCUUACUCGGGCAAAACGAGCGAAGGUGGAAUUGGAUUUCAUACUAGACCUCCGCGCGUACGAUGCUAUAGAUACCAGCAAUUUUGCCCAAGAGAUGUAUGCGGACUACAAACAUGUAGCUGAUACGACAAUUCGUACGGUUCUAGUGGAAGCAGAAGGCCACGUCGUCUCAGAGGAGGUGCUUACCCGGUGGCUAGCUCAUACGCUAAUGGACGAUGAGGGAGAGAGUGACAUCAAACAAAUUUUGCGAUUAAAAGGAGUCGUAUCCUUUAAAGACAGGAAAGAGCGUGUGGUAAUACAAGCCGUUCAAGAAAUGUUCGACAUAUUCUAUACAACUCCUUGGGAAGAGGGUGAGAAGCGCAAUAACCGAAUCUUGCUAAUCGGUCGGUUUAUGGACCAGGAUGCUAUCAACAAGAGCUUCCAGGAAAUCUGUCAUUAGUCUAAGAAAUACGUCCUGCGGCAGUGGGUUCUUGUCACGAGUCUAAUGAGCGUGCAAUUACAUCACACUGGAAGCGGUGUGGAGAAAAGAUGAUUUGCAAGUGCUUCAAGUCAAUUGUCAAUUGACGUAGAUACUUAAGAACGACUUUAAUU